CCUCUGCGGGUCCGGUCAACUUUGUGGGAGUGACUCAAGUUACUGUGGUGUGUGUCAGCGGACUGGUUGAGAGGAGCAGGACUUCGGACAGAGCAGGAGAGUGUGAUCCGGCAACUUGUCAAUAAGUUUACAGACUGUGUGAGUCUGUGUGAGUGUGUGUGUGUGUUGACAUGUGUGAACCCCCAGCUGUCCCACUGCCUGCUCUGUAGCUCUUCUCCCUCAGCAGACAGCGAUCGAUGGACUUCCACCAACUUUGCUCGUUUGAAACGUUCCUGCAGGUCUGCGGCCAGUACGGUUAUGGUGGGGGGCUGGAGGAGGUGGUCGAGCAGGAGUUCGCUCGGAUCAAAGGAACCACCUACCUGGAUCAUGCAGGAGCCACCCUGUACCCCGAGUCCCUGCUCAGGAACUAUGGCCUGGACUUAUCAAGGAAUGUCUACGGGAACCCUCACAGCCAUAACCCCAGCAGCAGAUUGACACAUGACACCAUAGAGAGGGUCAGAUACAGGGUAUUGCAGCAUUUCAAUGCCACCCCCGAGGAGUACUCUGUGAUUUUCACUUCUGGUUGUACAGCCGCACUCAAAUUAGUGGCAGAGAGCUUUCCCUGGAGGCCGCAGACUGCGAGCGAAGGAGCGGGGAGUCACUUCUGCUUCCUCAACGACAGCCAUACCUCUGUAGUUGGCAUAAGAGGGUUGACUUCUGUCCGGGGGGUGGUUACCCUGCCUGUCUCCCCACAGGACGUGGAAGACAGGGCAAAGGACGAGUCUCUGGGUGAAGAUGAUGUUUGCCAGACGCCGCACCUUUUCUGCUACCCAGCGCAGAGCAACUUCUCUGGGAGGAAGUAUCCCCUUAGCCAUGUGAAAGGCAUCCAAGCCAGACGCCUCUACCCAGCGUGCGACCACCGAGGCCGCUGGUUUGUGCUCCUCGAUGCCGCCUCUCAUGUCAGCUGUUCCCCUCUAAACCUACAGGAGUGUCCCGCUGACUUCAUUCCCGUCUCCUUCUACAAGAUGUUUGGCUUCCCCACAGGGCUCGGGGCCCUUCUUGUCCGUAACGAUGCAGCAGGCAUACUAACAAAGUCUUAUUUUGGAGGAGGCACAGCAGCAGCUUACCUUUCUGGAGAAGAUUAUUAUGUGCAUUCAGCAAACAUUUCUGACAGAUUUGAAGAUGGAACUGUCUCUUUCUUGGCCAUUGUUGCUCUGAAUCACAGCUUUGAAGCUCUUCACAAGAUCACAGGGGGCAUGCAUAACAUCCAACAGCACACGUUCGGCUUGGCCCGCUACACUUACAUGCUGCUGUCAAGUCUUUGCCAUGGCAACGGGCAACCGGUGGCUUGGAUUUACACCGAAGGCCAGUUUGAAUGUCCGAGCACACAGGGUGCAAUUAUAAACUUUAACCUAAUGGAUUGUCAUGGAUCGAUAAUUGGGUAUUCUAAGGUGGACAGAAUGGCCAGUCUGUACAACAUUCACGUGCGCACAGGCUGCUUCUGCAACACAGGGGCCUGUCAGUCCUUCCUGGGGAUCACCGAUCAGCAGAUGAGGAGAAACCUGCAGGCCGGCCACGUCUGUGGAGACGCCAUCGACCUGGUGGACGGCCGGCCGACCGGAUCGGUUCGCGUGUCCUUUGGUUACAUGUCAACGUUUGAAGACUGUCAAAAGUUCCUUAACUUUGUUGCUGAGUGCUUUGUGGAGAAACCGGUCACAGUGGACCAAAAGAGACUUGAAAAGCUAAAAACAACCACAGCGACAUCCCCGGGCUCAAAUGAAGAUCCGCCGACCAAAAUUUCUAAUGGAGAAAUAUAUAAAGGAGAUGAGAAGGAGCCCACAGAACCAUCACUGAAGGGAUUUGGACACAGAGACUCAGAAAGCCACGGGGAGGCUUAUACUCUCACCAGCAUCUACAUAUAUCCCAUCAAAUCAUGUGGAGCACAUGAGGUGCACGACUGGCCGGUGGGACCACAGGGUUUACUCUACGACAGAGGCUGGAUGGUUGUGAACGCAAACGGCGUGUUUCUGAGUCAGAAGAGAGAAACACGUUUAUGCCUAAUUCACCCACAAGUCCACAUGCCUUCAAACAAAUUGCUCCUGCAGGCUUCAGGAAUGAACACCAUUUCUGUUCCUUUGGAAAACAACGCUCCAAAGCAGACAAGCUAUCAGGUGUGCCAGAACAAAGUUUGUGGUGACAGGGUGGAGACUGUCGACUGUGGGGAUGAGGCUGCUUCGUGGCUUUCAGACUUUCUUGGACAGCCGUGCCGUCUGAUAAGACAAAGUCCUUAUUUCACCCGAGACAUGAAGAAGAGCCCGAGCGGAGCUGCCACCUGCACAUCCCUCUCCCUGGUGAAUGAAGCUCAGUAUCUCAUGAUCAACCGUGCCAGUGUGGAGCUCAUUGAGAAACAAAUGAGCCGCAGUCGGGACUAUUCCGAGGGCGAUCAGCUCCUUGACACACAGAAUGUCAUUAGCCGCUUCCGAGCCAAUUUAGUCAUCACUGGAGUCCAACCAUUUGAGGAAGAUAAUUGGUCACACUUGAUUAUUGGCAACACUCGAUUCGUGGUGGCAGGGCAGUGCGGAAGGUGCCAGAUGGUGGGAGUAGACCAGGAAACAGGAACCAAAACAAAAGAGCCGCUUAUGUCUCUGUCUGCUUACCGCAGAGGGAAGGUGACUUUUGGUGUGUACCUGACCCAUCAGCUACCCAAGGGCUCCCUCUCUGUUGGCUGCCUCAUACACCCUGAGCCACUCACUUUGUGAAGAGGUCAUCUGCAUCAACAGCCUCUUUUAUUUAUUCUGGGGACAUCUUUGGUCCUCACCACUCACGCCCUAGAUCCCAUGUCAUACACUGUGAGAGCUUUCUGCAGAUGGCGCUCUCUCAGUGGCAUUUGUUCUCUGGAAUGUCCUUGUCACACUCAAAUUGCAGCCUAUCCAAGUCUGAUUUGAUGGAGAAUGUAAUGAGAUUUUGAUUAUGUUCUUUAAAGCAUGUGUGGUAAAGUAGAUUUGAAGUACUCAUUGCAUGACAAAAUUACAAUUUGGUUAUGUUGCUGUUAUUUUUGGCAAAAACAAGUCAGGCUUGAUGCUUUAAUCACAGCUCAUGUUAACCUCCCAGACAGCUCUUCCACUGUUUUCACCCUAGGAGCUUUAUAUUGCUAUUUAUUCCAAACACAACACCACUCUUAAUUGCUGCCAGAAUUCAGAAACAUGUUGCUCGCUUUAAUGAAAAACCCUACCAGAAAUCCAGUGCUCGGUACAUACUCCCAAGUGGUGCUGAAUUGGACAUACUAUUUUAUGCCAGGACGUGUAAUAAUUUGAAAAGAGCAGUAAGGUUAGGUUUCAUGGGCAGCAGACAUUUUAUUAUCAGAGUAUUAUGCUUGAAUAUAAAGUAUAUACCUGCAGUACUGAUCUGCCAAUGUCUGGUAGUAAAACUGAUCCUAUGUUGCUCACCUAUGGUGGAGUUAAAAAAAUAGGUGGCUGCUGGGUAUCCCAAGGUUUUAUUAAUGCUGAGAGCAAGUUUGCCAAUGUGUGUGUGUAUGUGUGUUUUCAAUUGUAUUUGUACAGCGGCAAAUCAUAAUAUACAUUAUCUCAAGGCACUGUACAUAAAAGGUCCAGACCUUAAAAUUAAGGUUAAUUUAUUAAUUAAUUAAUUAAUUAAUUAAUGUUUGAGUGUUUAAGUGUUUGGUGGUCCAUUAUUACUUAUGUUUUGGGGACUAAAAUCUGUUUACAUCAGGUCAAAAAUCAGGUCAAAAAUGGGAAUCUUUUAUUUUCACUAUAAUUUCCUCCAAGUGACACACUGAGAGAUUGUUAGAUUAGAUUAGAUUAGAUUCAACUUUAUUGUCAUUGCACAGUACAGGUACAUAUACAACGAAAUGCAGUUUAGCGUCUAACCAGAAGUGCAAAAAAAGGCAGUAAAAAGAUUGUAUGUCUAUUCCUGAAUUUCAUAAACUUCCUGUUAUGAAAAAAAAAAAAUUAAAAACCAAAAAGCCAGAAGGUCUACUUUGUGUCAGUAAAGGGAUCAGAGCCACAUUAUGGGGACCCCUUAAGUCCCCAUAUGGUAAAUCAUUAAUUUUAUAGGGUGAUCACAUAGAGAUUAUGGUUAGCGUGAGGGUUAGGGUUAGGCCUAGUAACUAAGGUUAAGAUAAAUUCUGGUUAAUCUCCAAGAAAUCAAUGUAAGUCAAUGUAAUGUUCUCUAAAGUCAUGGCUGUGAUUGUUUGUGUGUGUUUUUGUGAGUUUGUGUGUGUGACAAUAUUUAAAGCCUUUACAAACAAAAGCUGAAUUAAAUAAAGAUGGAUGACAGAUUUUGGAA